UAAAAUCAUUCUCAGGAUCCACAAAAGACAAGGACGAGAAGUUUUACGGUCAUAUCGAACCUUCUGAGGUCUCUCUUUCUCUCUUCUCAUCGUGUUUGCUAUGCCACCUAUCUCUUUGACGUCAACACUGUAAUUUCCAAUUCGUUCGAUCGUCGUUCUAAUUAAGGUUACACGUUAUCCGUGAAAGAGCUUUGUGAAAGCAUAGCCGCGGCUAGAAGAAGGUGGGUAGCGAUGUCGCCGCCAUCGCGAUCACAACUACGAGAAUUUCUCUAAACAACGGAGAGAGAAAAGAGACAUACACACAUAUUUAUAUACACAGAAAGAAAGAGAGAGAGAGAGAGAGAGAGAGAGAGAGAGAGAAAGAAAAUCGGUAGGGAACCUUCAUAAAUUUUCUUUGUCGGUCGAUAAACCAUGGACAAUGCGAACAAUGCGUGACCUUGAUUUUGAGAGGCAAUGUAAGAGAAAUUUUGUGAGUGAGUGGAUGAGUGUCUGGUUGUGUAGUUUGGUGUGCAUGUGUGUGUGUGUGUGUGUGUGUGUGUGUUUGUGUUUGUGUUCGAAAUUAAACGUGCCCUAUCGAUGUCGAGGAGAUACGAUGAGAUUGAAGAGAAGGACGAUGACGACGAUGAAGAUGCGGUAAGAGAUGAGAUGAAGAACUUGCACAACGCAACUCGUAGAUGAUGGCAUUGUAUGUUAAGGAAACCUUGCGAACAUCUAAUUAUUAAUCUAGGUUGUCGUCGUCGUCAUCGUCGUCAUUAUCAUUGCCGUCCUCAUUGGCAACGAGUGGUUAAUAUUCUGCCAAUUCAAAGUUACUAACUAAGUCGAUUGUUUAAUAUAUAAAUAAAGUUAUAUAAUGAAAUUUUUUGUACGUUAAAAGGAAGAAAAAAAAAGAAGGAGAAAAAAAAAGAUUAUUUGAUCUGAAAGUUAUAUCAUAUGGAGUAUAAUAAAUCUCUCUAUCGAUUAAACAUUUCUACGUGAUCUUUUAACAUCGAUUAAAAUCCUUUAUGGACCUUUUUACGGAUUAAAUUUUCUUUUCUUUUUGAAUUGCUUUAUUAUCGUUAUAAUUAUUAUUUGAAAUUAUUGUUGAAAGAUUUUAAAAGUGAUUUCGAAGAAAGAAUUAAUUAAUUUUUAACAAUCGUUUCUCGUAUCAUUUGGCCCAAUUCAAAGAUUUUCGACUUAAACGCAUCAUCAUCGGUAAUAACGAUAAAAUUGCAAAAUUGCCGAAAAGGUGGAAAAAUAAAGAUAAAAAAAAUUAUAUAACAAAAGGGAGACUCAAAAAAGAAGAAGAAGAAGAAGAAGAAAGAAAAAAAAAAGAACUAAUAGACAAACGUGAUUUCAAAAGCAAAAGUUACAUAGAUGUUAUUAGGGUAGUUAAGAAAAAUCCAAGUGAAAAAGUUGAAGAUAACUCAAACUUGUAUUGAAUUUCGUGAAAACAAACGACAAGAAUCUUGUUUUAAUUUUUUAUCUUUCUUUUUUUGAUUUUAGAAACGUUCAUUCCUAGCAUGAGUUAAUAAUAUACUACAUAUGUCAGUGUUAGAAUGAUAGUAUGUAUAAUAUAAUAGCCGUAAGAAAAAGAAGAGAAAGAGGGAGAGAGAGAGAGAGAGAGACAGAGAAAGCGAAACCUUUUAUAUUAUUGAAAAAAAAAAGAAAAAAAAACGUGUCCUCCGCCCCCCCCCCCCUCCUUAUAUACACAAUUAAAAAAAAUUACAUCGAGCUAAGUAUAAUCCUGGAUAAGAAUUUCUGACUCUUUUAUGAUUAUUAAUUCUAUCCUCGUAUAAUCAAUUUUUGAUAGGGCCUUCAUUUAUGUCUAUACACAUGAACAUAUAUAUAUAUAUAUAUACAUACGAACUUUCUUUGGUGUUAGGAGGAUGCGCACGAACAGAGAGAAAGAGAGAAAGAGAGGAAGAGAGGGAGAGAGAGAGAGGGAGAGAGAAAGAUACAUCAUUGGACGUAAAAUCGAUCUGAUGUAUCAUUAAUGAACGGGCAACCUGAAGGAGGUUUUAUAAUCAAACCUGAAAGGAACUCACAGAGGUUCUCUUAUUCUAUCUAAGGUUUUCGAAAGGAGAAGAAGAAGAAGAAGAACAAGAAGAAGAACAAGAAGAAGUAGAAGAAGAAGAAGAAGAAGAAGUGCAAAAAAGGAAGGAAGGGAGAAAGAGUGAGAGAGAGAGAGAGAGAGAGAGAGAGAGAGAGAGUAAGAGAUAAAGAGAGAGAGAGAGAGACAGAGAGAGAGAGAGAGAGAGAGAGAGAGAGAAGAUUGAAGAAAAGACGAUGGAAUUGUAUCAAGAGGAACAGCAACAACAGGAACGACUGCAGAAGCAGCGUCACCAGCGACAGCUGGUAAUAGAGACAAAGUUCAUUGACGUAAAGCCGAUUAAGUAUCGCGUCGUUCGUGCGAGGAUUGUACUGUGAUCGGCUUGAUAGACCUGUUACUAAAAAAUCGAAAGAGAUAGAGAGAGAGAGAGAGAGAGAGAGAGAGAGAGAAAGAGAGAGAGAGAAAGAGAGA